UGUUUAUUUUUCCCCUCUCUCUCUUUCAAUACUCACGUUCUUGACCCUGAGUAACACAUCUUUUUAUUUUUAUUUUUUUUCCAUUUGUAGCCGCCGCACCCUUUUGUUUUUUGUUUUUCUAGCUUUGGCUCGGGUCGAGUGAUUGGGUUUAAUUGUGUUCUGUUUGACAGUGAUGCUUGUGCUCUGUCUUUUGAGAUCUUGAAUUCAUAUGGUGUGAAAAUGCUGAGUUAUUAGGUGGAGGGAUGGUGGAUGGAGGCUGUGGUGGGUUUGACUAUGGUGGAGGCUAUGGCGUUGGCGUCAGAGUGGGUCUCACAGAAGAAGGCAAAAAGAGAAAGGAAGCAGCAGUGGCGUGUUCGAUUUUUGGGUCUGGGAUUUGAGAAAGAAAGAGAAAGCAUGAUUAUGUUCUGAAGAAUUCAAAACUUCGGAAUGGGAAAGUUCCAAAAUUUUCCGGAAUUUUUCGGAAUCGCUUCUGGUUUGUGGAUUUUAUCAGUUCCGUGUGAUUCGUUCCCUUCAAGCGAAAUUAAUAGGUGUUGCUUUCCAUAAUUGUUACCUCAACAUUUAGAGAACAAAAACGAUUAAUGGAGUCGAACCAAGCCAAACCUGGCCUACUGUGCAACCCUGAAGCUUCUCAGAGAACCCUGUACCCAUAUGUAACCGGUACAUCUGUGGUGGCUCUGAAGUACAAAGAUGGAAUUUUGAUGGCUGCUGAUAUGGGAGGUUCUUAUGGGUCUACCCUGCGAUACAAGAGUGUGGAACGAAUGAAGUCUAUUGGAAAGCAUUCUCUUCUUGGUGCAAGUGGAGAAAUAAGUGACUUUCAAGAGCUAUUACGUUAUCUUGAUGAGCUCAUCCUAUAUGACAACAUGUGGGAUGAUGGCAACUCUUUGGGACCUAAAGAGGUCCACAACUAUUUGACCCGUGUGAUGUACAAUAGGCGUAACAAGUUCAAUCCACUGUGGAACUCUCUUGUCCUUGGUGGAGUGAAAAAAGGACAGAAGUACCUUGGCAUGGUUAGCAUGAUAGGUGUAAAUUUUGAGGACAAUCAUGUAGCUACAGGAUUUGGAAAUCACCUUGCACGGCCUAUUCUUCGUGAUGAAUGGCAUGAGAACUUGACUUUUGAAGAGGGUGUAAAGCUACUGGAGAAAUGCAUGCGUGUCCUUCUCUAUCGAGAUCGGUCUGCUGUCAACAAGCUUCAGAUUUCCAAAAUCACUGAAGAAGGUGUAACCAUCUCUCAGCCCUACUCACUGAAGACUUUCUGGGGUUUCUCUGCUUUUGAAAAUCCAACAUUGGGUGCUGAAGGAUCAUGGUAGUUGAAUAGAGGCACGGCUUCUGAACAUGAAACAGCCAACUAGGAGCUAAGAUGAACUUUAAUGUGUUUCUACAGUUAUUGGAACCAAGAAUUUGUAACAGCGUUGACUUGAAUAUAGCUGGUUGGCUUUUGAGAAACAUUUUAGCUAUAAUACCCAUCGUUUUCUUAAAUUUGGUGUUGCAGCAUCCAACGAGUAUGAACUUAUUGUAGUGAAUGUCUAUUUUCCUUUGAAUCAUUUGGCCAGUACGUGGUUUGAAGAUCAUAUAAUCGGUUGCGGAAUA